CGAAUUCAUUUUUCAAGCUGCUCAACGCCAAGCGCUCAUUUCCCACUCGAGUUUCCCUGCAUUUUCCGCAAUUUCCCGUGCUUUGUGUGUCUCAAAUCGUGCCAUUGCCUCACAAUGCCGCGCACAAAGGUGCCGAAGAACGCGAAGAGGAACCGCGAGCAGACUCUUGAGGACCUCGAGGCGGCGACACUGCGAGAAUUCGACGAAACCGUGGAGGCUCAAGUGGCAGACCUGGAGAUCAAGCACAGCCACAAUCUGCAGGCCAUCGAGACGGCGAUUCACAGCUUCCUGGCCAGCCUUCCGGACAAUGUGCUGCUGAUGAAAAUGGGCGAUUUGCAGGCGAUGAGCGGCGCCAAGACGCUCCUGGAGGCGUCCAAGACCAGCAACCAGAUGGAGUCCAUGUCCAGCAACUCCGUCGUCAACUCCACGCACACCAGACACCAAUCCAGGGAGGACGAAGGUUACAUUACAGAGCACCGCACGUCCGAGCAGGCGCCGGUGAUGCGGGGCCCUUUGUCGUCCGCGCGCGGCCGGAUGCGCCGCAGCCGCUCGGCCGCCGGCGCGCUGCCGAGCGUCUCCAAGCUGCAGCCCAGCCGCCUGAAGCCGCCCACGCCCAUGCAGCGGCCGCCCAUGCCGCACACGGAGCACCGCUCGCGGCCGGCCACGCGCACGCCGGCCGAGGCGCCGCGCCCCAAGGCGGCCAGCGCCGACCGCAUCUCGCACAUCCGGCCGAAGGUGGACAUCCAGGAGCCCCUGGCGCUGCUGCGCUUCCCGCGCGUCGGCGAGACGCUGGUGUCGCUCACGGGCAGCCCCGUGGCCGGCUACGCCGCCACGCACGACGCCACGGCCAGCGUCAACAUCCCCACGCUGGACGGCGUCCUGUCGCUGCGUCCCACGGCGCUCACCAGCCUCGACACGCGCAUGGUGAGCCAGAUCGACGACGAGACGCUGCGCAGCCUGCAGCAGCUGCAGGAGAACAUCGGCAGCCUCAUGAAGAUGCACGCCCGCAAGUGAGCCGCCGCCCGCCGCCACUCCCUUUCACUGCAUCAUUGCGCCGCGUAAAUAAAUUUUGUUGCCUUUCCACGGUGAUUCGCGCUGUUUUUCCUGGUUUUGGGUGGGAAAUUGACGAACUGGGCGAAGGGAGUGCAAAUUGUGGCUUUGAAUUUGGCUCUGUUUGCACUCUAGCGCCACUAGUGGAUGGCAAGAGAACUCCAAAUGUUCGGAAGAAGUUUACAAUUGAUAUC